AUGGCUCCGGUGGGUGCGGCGGGCGGGUCGCUUGUUGCGGCCGUGGUUGUGCAGUUGGCGGGGUGGAGGUGGUUGUUUUUUAUGCUGGGUGUUCUGGGCUCGGUGGUGUAUGGUAUCACUAUUGCUUUCGUCCCCGCGGACGAACCUCUUGAUCCCAGGGGCAGCAUUGAUUAUGGCGGAGCAUAUUUCGGUGUCGGUGGGCUUAUCCUGUUCAACUUUGCUUGGAAUCAAGCCCCUCUCGCCGGCUGGUCCGAGCCGUACGAGAUCGUGCUGCUCGUCGUUUCCGUCCUGCACCUUUUGGCCUUUUGCUACUGGGAACUGAAGGUGGCCAAGGAGCCAAUCCUUCCCUUCAACAUCUGGAACAGCCCGUCGUUUGGCACGCUGAUGCUCACCAUCUUCUUCUCCUUCAUGAGCCUGGGCAUCUACUUCUGGGGACAACCUGAUCCAAAGGGGCUGCAAUACCUGCCCCUGACCAUCGUCGGGGCCAUCAACUCGUUCUUUGCCGCUUGGCUGGUCCCGCGGGUCCCUGCGCAGGCCAUCAUCGGCGCGGGCUGUUUGGCCAUGGUGACGAUCAACGUCCUCCUCGCAACCAUACCCGCCGACCUCACAUACUGGGCCAUGGCGUUCCCGGCAAUGUUCGUCUCCGCCUUCACCAUCGACCUGAUCACGACGAGCGCCCAAAUCAUUGCCACCAACACGGUGCCCAGGAAGCACCAGGGAGUUGCCGGGUCGCUCGUCGGCACGCUGCUCAGCUACGGCAUGAGCACCGGUCUCGGGUUCGCGGGUACGGUGGAAGUCUACACGUCUGAGGGCGGGGCUGACUUGCUGAAGGGGUACCAUUCAGCUGCCUACCUUGCUGUGGGGAUGUCGGGGUUUGCGCUGGUUCUGUGCUUCUUCAUCCGGAUACCGAGGGAUACGAGGGAGGGUUGGGCUCCGGGGGAUGAGAUGGCAGUGAAGAGGGAGCAGGUCUAG